AUGAAAAUGCUAAAGUUAAAUUAUUAUCAUAGUGAAAUAUACGAAAAAUAUAAAAUUAACAAUAUUUUAUCUUUAUUAGUUGAUAAACAUAAACUUCAAAAUGAAAGUGUUGAUCUUGAUGAGCUAAGUAAUAAAAAAAAUAAUUAUAGUAUAAUGGCAAUUUUAGGAAGCCAAAUAAAAAAUAUAAACGAUGAUAUAUAUAAAAAUAUUGAUACAAAUGAUAUUAUUUUAGCCUUGUCUGAACUCAAAAAAAUUGAUGAGCAAAUAGUAAUCAACGAAAAUCAAAAUAAAAACUAUAUAUUAGAAAUAGCAAAACAAAUAUAUUAUGAGUAUUCUAAAAGGGGUAUAAUUGAAAAUGAUAAUUCAUUUAAUUUUAAUGAUAAAAAGUGCUUUAUGAGAAUAAACUUAGAAUUAAUGAAUGAAAUUAAUAGAGGAAUUAGUAGUUAUGAAAAUAAAAUCUAUAAAUUGCGUGCCUUUUUUGAAGAAGACAAACAAAAAAGAGAUUUCAAUACAAAUAGAAGGAGCAAUGAGGACUAUGAUAAUUUAGAUUUAGUUUUGAAUGAAAAAGAUAUUUAUUAUGAUUUAAAAAAAAAAAAUAGUUACAUUGAUAAAAAUAGGAAUAUUUUAAAUGAAAAUAUAUAUAAUAAUAACAAUAAUCAUGAAUUUAUUGAUAGAAAUGAGUAUGAUAAUAUUGAUGAUGUAAAUAUAAAUACUUUAAAAGAUGUAAGUGAUGAUAAUCAAAUGAAUAAUGGUUAUGAAAAUUACAUUAAUUUAAAAAAAGAAAAGAGAAAUAGUCAUAAGGAAGAUAAUUUUUAUGAAAACUAUAGAAAUCUUAACAAAGACCAUCCUUUAAAUAGUAAAAGUAAUAUAGAUUAUAAUAAUAAAGAAGAAACAAAUAGCACAUAUUGUAACAGCAUUGAAAAUUUAAACGAUGAUCUAAAUUUAUAUAAUAAUAGAAAAAGUAAUUAUGGAAAUUUAUAUGAUUUUCAUUUAGGAGAGAAAAAUUUAUUUAAUGAUCAAGUAAAAAUGGAUUAUUUAAAGAGAAAAACUCACUAUGAAAAAAUAGAAGAGGAAAAAAGUGAAAGUAAUCGUCGAAGCACUAUAAACGGUAAUACUCAUAAUUUAACUAAUAGAAUUAGUGAAAAUAUUCCUAGGAAGAGUUUUUAUGAAGAAGAUAAUAGUAAAUAUAAUUCCAAUUUUUCUUAUUACAAUAAUAUUAAUGAUAAAUAUGGUAAAAAUAAAACAUUUUUAAAUAAGGAAGUAAUGUCUGACCAAAACAGUAAUGAUUUAAAAGUGAUUAUAAAUAACAGUAAUGCAUGUAACUCAAAAUUUAAUGUCAAUUCAAAGAAAAAUACUGAAACAUUAUUCAAUAAAAAUUCUAAAAAUACAGUUAGUAAUGUUCUAGAAAAUAUAGAUAAGGCAGAACAAGAUAUUGUUAAUAAUCAUUUAAAAAACUCUCUUUCACAUAAUGAAUACGUAGCAAGAAGAAUGAGUUCAAUACUUCUAAAUCCAAAUAUCCCUCAAAAAGAAACUUUUAAUAGAAAUUCGUAUGAAAAUGAUAAUAUAGGCAAAUUUGUUAAUAGAAGCAGAAAAAAUUAUAAUAACGAUGUUUCAUUAAAUAAGUACAGUUCAGUUGAUCAUAAAAAUAAUUAUACUGUAGAUACAUAUAAUAAUAGUAGUUUUAUUAUAAGUACUGUCAAAAAACCAAAUGUUGUUGAUGAUUCCUGUAAUGUAGUUAGUGAUUUUGAAAAUAAAGAUUUUAGUAUUAGAUACAAAAAUAAUUCUUCAAAAGAAAAUUAUAUGAGUAACAAAUAUAACUAUAACAUCUUAGAACAAAAUAACAAUACUAAUACACCAUUAAACAUUGAUAAUAUGAGUAAUUUUUCACGAAACAUUGCAAAAUCUGUAGAAUCUAAUUUAAAUUUAUAUACUAAUAAAUAUUCUAGAGCACUAGAUAUAAAUGAUUUAAACAGUAAUACUAGUAGAAACUAUGUAAAUAGUUCUAAUAGUUUAAAGAGUGAUCUUACAAUGAGAGAUAAUUAUGCAAAGAUGCUUGAGAGAUCUAAAUCCUUAACAUCUCACUUUUACAGGGCUCCCCUUACUCAUAAAUACUUAAAAGCAAACAUUUAA